AUGGGUGGAAUACAUACAAAAUCUCAACAACAAAAUUUAAUCAAAACGGCGAAGGAGAAAUACUCAUAUAAUUUCAGUGAUGCUGGAAACAGACGAAUAACAAAUAAUGAUUAUUAUCGUCAACAUAAUUGUAAUGAUUUUAAGUCAAAUUUACGAGAUGAAAUUGUCAAGGAAACCAUAAAACAUAUAUCUAAAAUUGAAAAGAGAAAUUCUUCACAACCGAAAUUUUCAUCUAAUGUUAGGAUGAAUGAUAUUCAGAACCCAAGAAUGAGUUCAGUGUUAUCACCAUUGAAAACUGAUCUACUUAAAAGUGUGGAUGAUACAGGUAUCUCAAAUAAUAGUGAUAUUUUAUCGAAAAUGGAUUCAUCAAUUCACAAAAUGUCUAUUAUGGAUAAGAUUCUUACAAAACAAAGUUGUAAUUCCAUACAACAGAUAAAAACAGACGAUUCAAGAAUGAGUUCACCUGUUGUAAAUGAAACUGAAAAUCACAAAACAACUUCAUCUAGUCUCGUAGAUGGGAAUUCUAAUGAAUUAUACUGUGGUGACCGAAGUUUUUCUAGGCAGGCACAUUUAGUAGAAGAAAAAUCUAAGAUUCCACAAAGUUCUGGAUUCGGUGACAUAAGCAAAACUUUUACCUCAAACAAUAUUCCCCCUUUAUCUACAAAAUUGAAUUUACCUGAAAAAAACAAAACAUCUUUUGAAUCUACACCUAAACAUUCAGCGGGUGUUAUUACGAAUAAAAUAGCUUACAUGAAUCCCAUAAACCCCUCUUUACAAUCAUCUACUAAUAGAUACUUAUCAAAUAAACCUCCUACACCACCGAAAGUUAAUAUGACAAGAAAUACCACCCCUCUUUCUCAAGGAUCACAUACAGGUGUUAGAUCAAGCUGUAGUACAAAGUCACCUAAAGGAAGCAGUCACCAAUCAAGAGCGAAUAGAUCUACAAAUGAACACACUGUAAAAAACCACCUACCACACAAAUCCGGUUACACAUCAAGACCAUCGUCAGCAGAUGUCUGGUCUCGGCGACGCAUAGAAUCUCCUCAAUCACCCGUUACAUCUUGUAAACCUAAACGUUCCUCUUCCAUUACUCAACAACUAGAGAAUGAAGUAGCCCAAGAUAAGUCUUAUUAUGUAUCGCGAAUUGAGUAUACAUUCUACAUAAAUGAUACAGAAUCCUGUCAAAGACCAUUUUACGACCGUAGAGUAGAAGCAAUAGCUCGAGCAAGUCAAUGCAGUAUCUGUCUGCACAGACCUCAACCAGGCAGUAAACCGAUUUUUUAUAAAGGAAUACGUGUUUUACCCGUAACAAUAUUUGCACGAACUAUGAUUUCUCUAAAGCGAUGUCUAGCACGUUUAGAUAUGCAGUAUCCCUAUUUUAAUGUUAAAGCAUUUUGUCCUCCUGACAUGUACUGA